CCCACCAUUCAUUUCUCCUUUGCAACAUCACCUCAAACGUGCAGCUUCUGAAUAAAUAAUACAAUUGAAUUUUUAAAUUCCAUUCAGAAAUACCAUUUCCUUCAUAAUCUUCAUAAUAAAAACUUUAAAAUUGAUACACUUUUCUUGGGAAAUGUCACUCAAUUGAUUCUUUAAAAACACAACUAUAGGAAUGCUUCCAGUCGAUGUUAAUAUAUACCAGAUUUGCCUGUAUCCAUAGUAACACACUUUCCUUUUUUUACACUAGAUUUCAGGAAAAAAGAAUUAACAAAUGGCUGAAGAGAAUUUGACAGUUGUUACUGAGUUUAUUCUUUUAGGACUGACAGAUCAGGCUGUAUUGAAAAUUGUGCUUUUUGGGUUGUUUCUGGUGAUUUAUGCCAUUACCUUGGUGGGGAACCUGGGCAUGAUCUUCUUAAUCCACGUCACUCCCAAGCUCCACACGCCCAUGUAUUUUUUCCUCAGCUGCCUUUCAUUUGUAGACGCCUGCUAUUCAUCAGUUAUUGCACCUAAAAUGCUGAUCAACUUCUUGGUUGUGAGGGAAACCAUUUCGUUCUCCGCCUGUAUAGUGCAGCACUUGUUUUUUGGGGUGUUCAUUACCACAGAAGGAUUCUUACUUUCAGUGAUGGCCUAUGACCGUCACGUGGCCAUUGCGAAUCCUUUGCUUUAUACAACAGCCAUGUCUAAGAGAAAGUGUGUAGGGCUGGUCACUGGGUCUUGCAUAGGUGGGAUGAUUAACUCACUGACACAUACAAUAAGUUUGGGGAGACUGUCUUUCUGUGGACCAAACGUUGUCAGCCACUUCUUCAGUGAUGUUCCUCCACUGCUAAAGCUGUCAUGCUCUGAUACCUCCAUGAAUGAGUUGUUGCUGUUAAUCUUCUCUGGAGUCAUUGCCAUGGCCACCUUCUUGAUUGUGAUCAUUUCCUACACCUUCAUCCUUGUUGCUAUACUGAGGAUCCACUCAGCAUCAGGCAGACAGAAAGCCUUCUCCACUUGCGCCUCUCACCUGACUGCUGUGACCAUAUUCUAUGGUACCUUGGGCUUUAAUUACAUUCAGCCAAGUUCCCAGUAUUCUGUAGAACAAGAGAAGAUAGUUUCUGUGUUCUAUACACUAGUGAUUCCCAUGUUAAACCCAUUGAUUUAUAGUCUGAGAAACAAGGAAGUGAAGGAUGCUGUGAAAAGAGUCAUAGAAAUGAAAUACUGCCCCUGUUAAUUUCAAGUCACUAGGAACAGUAUGAGGGCUCUGGUGACACAAUGAUUAAGCACUGGGAUGCUAACCAAAAGGUCUGUGGUUCAAACCUAGCAGCUGCUCCAUAGAAGAAAAGACCUGAUUAUCUGCUCCCACAGAGGUCACAGCCUUGGAAACAUUAUAGGGCAGUUCUACUCUGCCCUGUAGGGUCGCUAUGAAAAGAUAUCAACUGGAUGUCAUGCAACAACAAGAACAACAUUAAUAGUGUAACAUUCCGCAAGCCAGUUCUCCAUUUACUAACAUUCAAAUGAUUUCAACGAAUUCUAGAGUUUCUAAUUAUUAUACAAAUCAUUUUUUUCUAAAAGUGACUUUUUAACCCAGAAAAACUAACCUAGAAAGUGGGAGUGACUUUCUGCAUAGCUGUGUUUUAGAAAAUGGUAGCUUAAAAUUCAGCUCUCCUAAGACUGUAGGCCAUUAAUAUUUGAAUCUACCAGUCAAUCCGCAGAAUUGAGUAUAUCAUUUCUGAUAUGUGAAGAACUGAAUACAGACACACUAACAUUUAGAAAUGUAUAUAGUUAGAUCUUUUCUAAAAGGUAUAUUUUUUAUUUACUCAGAAAAUUAAAAUAAUUUUAUAGCUGAUAUUUGUCUUUGUUUUUAAAACUUGCAUUAAAGUUUAAGUAUUGGUAAAUCUUCGUGUUAGCUAAAAAGGGCAAUUUGACUCCAAACAAUUUUCCUACUGUCCUAAAUCUUCUUAAAACUCAGUGCCUUCAGCAACAAAAGUGGUAUUGUCGGAAAAUCAUUGUAUUGUAAUUCUCAGCUGGCAAUAAUGUACUCUUACUAAUAAAUCCACUUAGAAAAUUUAGAUACAUGUAUGGAAUGACUCCUAAUUAUGGAGCAGGUAGAAUUCAAAGCCCUUCUUAUCUUUUCUUUUAAGAAUCUCCUUCACCUUCUUUCAAGACCA